AUGGAUAAUCUUCCUCCUGAACUACUGCGCAGGAUUCUUUUAUAUCUUAUCACGGAAUCGACUUUGAUCUAUGAGAUCCAUGAGCGGGUUCCCAAGACUUCGCUAGCUGCAUACGCAGUCAUCUCUCGCAAAUGGCGGACUGUCGUGGAGCCUUUUACGUUUCGACACUUGUUCCUGAGCCCUAUGAGACUUGAUGUAGCUGAAGCCUACAACUAUUUCACUCCACCUCGCCUCGCUCAUCUCCGCCACGUUCACUUCGAGAUCGAGUUCCCCGCUCACGACCUUCAUGUAUCUACCAACCCCGAAGAUUAUGACGACCAAAUAGUGUUCAAAAAGGCCAUCAGACAGAUUUUGGACCUCCUUUCGCGGGUUCCACGUCGCCAGACACCCCUCGUCAGCUUGAUACUCUUGACAUCACCCUCACGGGAGCACUGUAUUCCUUGGGUUGGCGAUGGACCAACAGAAGAAGAAAGGGUUUUCUCAGGAGAACUCCGGAAAACAUAUCUGGAGCUCCCUGCGGAUUGGGAUAGAAACAUCCAAGACCUAUCUGAGAUAUCCUUUUUCCGGGUAGAGUUGGAAUCACGAGCCCUGGUUUUCGCUCCAACCUCGGUCAAUAUGAUGGCUAGUAAGAUGACGCGCUUAAAAAAGGUUGAGUGGUGGUUAUGUGAUGGGGAGAAGGUAGAUACUGAACUCCGGAUCCGUCAGAGAACUCAGUUUGCGCAUACAUUGGAACUUCUACCAAGAUCGAUAGAGAAUUUCAGACUCGAAUACAUCCGGGAGCCCCCUAAAGAUAGGACGUUUCAGCCUCCAGGAAUCGUGCCGCCCGAUGCUAUAAGCGACAUUUUAAGCCGGCAACUCCGCAACUUCUCUCAAAGGGAUCGCCUGCAAGAAUUCUUGAUCGAUGCCAGCGUCGAUAGUACUAUCCUAUGGCCCGAGUCUCAGCCUCCCGAGAGCAAACCACCGACCUGGCCCAACAUGUCCUUGUUUCACAUCGAACUAAACGACGUAUUGCCUUCAGGCCACGAAAUCCCUGGCGAGGAGUACGAGAAGUGGUUCCCAUGUACCCAUAACCCGAUACACUUUGAGCGGUUCGCCCUAGCCACGGCACGAGCCGCGAGCCAGAUGCCCAAGAUAAGGGAGCUGUUUGUGACUAAUAAUAGCCUAGCUUCCAUGGGCGUCGGGUUCGUCACCAGGGGCCUCAAGAAGUCUUGUUGUCUGGAGUUUACGGGAGAUCCGCCCCCAGAGCCCAGCGAAGAGACGAUGGAUGCUUGGCGUAACGUGGUAAAACUUCAUGGCUUGGAAUGGAAUGUGCAUUUUGCAUAUGGCGCGAAUGCAUACUAUUUCUAUACCCUCUAG